AUGGCCGAGGAUCGUGGAAAGGGCGAACAAGGCAAAGGAGAACACGGCAAAGCAAAGGGACCAGAAGGAGCAGGCAAAGGCAAGGCUUCCAAGCAAGACAAGGAGGGCUAUGUGGAAGCCAGCGACAAAAAGGAGCAGGAUGGCAUUGAGGGGACAUCAGAAGACCCCGGUCGACAGAAGGGCCGAGUCAAAGGCAAGGGGAGCGGCAAGGUCGACGGCAAGGGCCACAACAAAGGUAAGAUUAUCUUUGUCGCCGGGGAGCAGCCAAGCGACGAGACUGAGUCGCGGAUUGACACGGGACUCACUGCCACUCACAUCGUCGCAGAAGAUGUCGCAAUGCCAGCCAGAGUUGCUGAGGCACAACCAUGCACUCCAGCAUUCAACAACAGCAAUUCUACUGGGCGGCGAGUUGAUACAGUAGACACUGCGGGUUCAGCCGUGUCUGCGCGGCAAUUUACUUCUGGCUUGCAGAGACCACGUGGAGCACCACCCCCUGCCAGCGCUGCUGUGGCAACUUCGGGCAAUCUGCAGAGCUCCCUCGCGGCUUUCGCUCCUGCACCCCCAAAAACCCCGGCACUGGCCAGUGCAGCCAGAACUGAUUCCAUCGCACCUCCCAGAACCCCGGCUCCAGGGUUGCCACACGAGCCUGUAGCCCCACCUAGAACACCAGCACCCUCAGCCCAGGCCGUGUCCGUCGCCCCGCCUCGAACGCCGGCUGUGCCUCAGCUCUCUGCGCGUGACGGAUUCGUCGCCCCUCCUGCAACCCCAGGGAUGUCGAUUGCACCCCCGAAAACACCAGGCCUACCUCGAGAUUCGAUUCCUCCCCCAAGCACACCUGCACCAGGGGUGGCUAGGGCGAACAUGGGGAGGUCAUUGCUCGCGGAGCCAGGUGUGGCUCCGCCGAGAACACCUGCACUGCCCGUUGGCCACGCACGCGCCGAGAGUGUGGCUCCACCGAAAACGCCUGCAGUUCCUAGUCCUUAUGCACGUGUCGAGGCCGUAGCAUUGCCAAAAACGCCAGCAUUGCCAGCUUCUGCUGUGGCUCCUCCGAAGACCCCGGCCGUGCCGGGAUCUCAUGUCCAUCCAGUUUCAGCUUCUGUCACUCCGAAAACACCGGCGGUUGCUGCGAUCAUUCCGGGGCCGCAGACUCCAGGCCCAUGUCUUGCAGCCGCCUCCCCGCUGCAGACACCAGCGGCACACACAGCAGGCCAUGCACCGCCACAGCCGCAUACCCCGGCCAGUCCUGCAUUGGCUGCAGACAGCCGAACGUUGCGCUCAGCUGCCGGUUUCGCCAAGCCGACGCCGAAGACAUCGCCUACUGCGCCACCAUCCUCGGAGCCAGACUUGAGUUGGACUGUCGAUAUUGUUCCCAAAACGCCAGCACGCAUUGCAUCUGGGACCAUGGUGCCCAAGACACCAGCAGCAAUAAGCAGAAGCAGAGAUUCUGUUGCAAGUGCUCCUGCGCCUGCACCGCAAACACCUGCGGCCUUGAAGGCAAUGUCGGACAGGCUUGUCCAACCAAAAACACCAGCAGCACUGGCUCGAAAUUCAAGGGCCUCCAAGCCCGCGCCACAAACGCCAGCUGAAUUGACGAAACGGAAGGCUGAAGCCAUUUCAGACAAUCCUCCGGUUCCGAAAACACCGGUCGCCAUGAAAAUGCGGCCAAACUCUCCACCCGUGCAGGCGGACCUCGAACCUUUACCGCUGAGGUUUGCGCCGAGACGCGGCUCGGCACUCAAAAAAACAUGCCUACGAACAGAUAGAAAUACUCGAUAG